GAGUCAUGAACGAUUCUGAAGAUAAAAGGAACAACUUGUUUCAGAGUUUCUCCCUUUAUAAAAUCAACGCAACUGCAGAGAGAGACCAGCUACAGACCAGAUACAACAACCUGACUGAAGAGAAAGGUCAUAUUCAGGCAAAGCUUUUUGUGAUAGAGCAGCAUUGUCAGGAGGGAUGGAGAUACUUUGACUACAAGUUCUACUUCCUGUCUACUGAGAAGAAAACCUGGGAGGAGAGCAGACAGGACUGUCUGGAGAGAGGAGCAGACCUGGUGAUCAUAAACAGCAGAGAGGAACAGACAUUUGUCUUCAACCUCCACCUGAGAGCCUGGAUUGGUCUAAGUGACUCUGUUACUGAGGGGACCUGGAAGUGGGUGGACGGCACCCCACUGACCACAGGGUACUGGGGGAAAGGACAGCCUGAUGAUAGAGGGCAAGAGGACUGUGCUGAGAUAUACUAUGGACAAGAUGACCCUGUAAAGACAUGGAAUGAUGACAAAUGUGGCACAAAUCAUAACUGGAUCUGUGAGAAAGUGGUGUAACAAUAACCCACAGUAACAAACAGUCUCUCUCUCUCGCUCUGUUAUUGUUAUGUUGAUGGUUGAAUACAGUACUUUGAUGCGGAAUUUAAUCCCAGUGCAGGAACACCAACGGGCGGAAAUUUCAGAACGCCAACUAUAGUUUUCGAUAAAACUCAAACUUUCAUUAAAACACACAUGCAAGGUACUGAAUUAAAGCUACACUCAUUGUGAAUCUAGCCACCAAGUCAGAUUUGUAAAAUGCUUUUCGGCGAAAGCAUGAGAAGCUAUUAUCUGAUAGCAUGCACCCCCCCAAAAUACCAGCACGCCACAUAAAACUACAAGAUCAUGAACAAACAAACAAUCUGACAAGGACAUGAGGGGAAACAGAGGCUUAAAUACACAACCGGAUAAUGAAUGGGAUUGGAACCAGGUGUGUAAGAA